UGAUUGUGCUUGUUGCGUAAAUUUGUGAUGCGCUCUGGUCAUUUUGUAACUUUGCUAUCUGCACCUCAGCCGCAACUCCACAUCCAAGCUCAUCCCGCCGCCUCUCUUCCACGUCGCCGCACCACUGAAAGACCUUGAUUACCAUCGCUUCAACAUGGCUUCUCUUUCCUUAGGCGCACCUCGCCGUCGGGGCGGGGCAAACAACAGCAACAGCAACAGCAACAGCAGCAGUGCAGCUUCAGCUUCCACUUCCAGCUCAACGCAGCCCGGCACUCGAUCCAGCUUGUUAGCAGAUGAGUCUAUUCGCUCCACCGAUUCGGACGCUUUGAUCUCGCGCCUUUCAGCUUUGCAGGCAGGUUACCUUCCUGCUGAGAGGAAGGGCUCAUCGGAAAGGAGCUCCUUUUCGCACUACCUAUUGCCCAUGGGCACACCUCUGCCUCUUCCCAAGAGACCUCCCAUCAUCAAUAUCGGCACCGCGCUCAGAUGCCUCACCAUCGAUCAGCAUGUGGAACGCUUCUUGCGGAAGGGCGAUCAAAAGAAGCAGAUCAUCAGUCUGGGUGCAGGCAGCGAUGCUCGUUAUUUCCGCAUACUUGCCGACGAAGCUCUUUCAGCACGCCUGGCGCACUACGUCGAGCUAGACUUUUCACAAUUGACACGCGCAAAGGUGGAGCGAAUCGCAAGGGCGGAUCCCCUGCGCAAAAGCCUGCAAGGUAUGCGAGUGGAGGCCAAUGGAACAGCGCUCCGGAGUGCUUCGUAUACCAUCCUGCCCGGCGACCUGAGAGAGCUGGCUGAUCCUAGCAAGUCGGCAGCACUUCAACACACCCUCUGGUCCAUCCUCCAUCCCUCUCUUCCCACUCUCAUCUUGGCGGAAUGCGUUCUCAGCUAUCUGCCAGCGCAAGACAGCACGUCGCUCUUGAGCUUCCUCUCCCGUCGCUUCAACAACAUCUCAGCACUGUCUUACGACAUGUGCAUAUCCGGCUCGGAUCGGCUUGGGGAAGCACCGAAACCCAGCAAGUUUGGCUCCGUCAUGCUUUCCAAUCUAGCAGCAAGGGGCCUGACUCUCGAGGGUGCCAAGGAAUGCACCACGCCUACAGCUUAUGCAGAGAAAUUCUUGUCAGCUUUCGAAGCAGGCGCAGCCACGUUGGGGGAUAGCAAAGUCGUAGACUCGGGUUGCACGAAUCUCAGGCAGGUUUGGGCACAAAUGAAUGCCGAAGAAAGGUCGAGAUGGUCCCGACUCGAAGGCCUGGAUGAGGUGGAAGAGCUGGAGAUCCUGCUCGAGCACUAUGGCGUCAGCUGGGCAACUCGAGAGAGGGGGACAAACCUAUUGGAGACCGACGGAGGGCAGCCAGAAAGCUGAAUCAAGCAUCAUGUGUAUCGAACAUUGAGACAGAGCGCUUUGAAUCUCGUCAAAUUGUAUUUGUAUGUGUGCAGGUCCUUUGCGGCCUCUCGCCCUCAAGCAUGUCACUCGAGCGACUGGGUUCGCUUGAGGAUGUCGAACGCAGCGGCAUUCCAAAUGGAAGCUCUUUUACACGCCUUCUUC